AAGCUAAACUGGGGGUAAAUAAGUAAUUUAAAUAAUACAUUAAGAGGAAUUGCGUACUUCGUAAUUUCGUAUCACUCUAGGAUAACGCGCACAUAAACGUGGCAGCAUCAGCUUCAAGCCUUCAACUGCUAAGUUUUUCUAACACCAUGAAAAUGGCGGAAAAAAGCUCAAAAAUACAGAGUUGAAUGGCGACUCUCACCACCACUAGUUUCCUUCCUCUCCAUUCUUAUUAUCAUUCACACACUAAACCUCGAUGCUUUCGAGUCGGAUUUUUCUCUCUCCUCGGACGACAGCGUACAGGGUACAUCGUUCCCCACGCAAUCCGGAGCCCUAAAAUUGAUGUUAAGCCUCUAAAAUUUGACGAAGACGAUAAUGGCGGCAGAAAUUAUCGAAGGAAAAGUGAUCGACAAUUGAAGCAGCAACGAUGGUGGUCUGAUGAUGAUGAAUUAGAAGUAGAAGAAGAAGAAGGUGUUGAUACUGAAGUUUGGGGUGGGAUUUUGGAGCAAGCUGUUGAUAGUCUUUGGAUUCUUCGGGUAUUCAAAUCUUAUGGUUGGUUUACACCUAUCAUCCUUUCGUCACUUGUUAUAGCAACAGGACCAAAAGCCUUCCUCAUGGCUUUCUCACUCCCCUGUGGACUGUCACUGCUCAUCUUUGUGUUCCAAAAGCUUCAGGAAUGGCUAGUACGCAUCUCUAAACCUCAUCAAAGGCGUAAAAGAAGGUCAAAAUAUACCCGAAAAACGGUGGAUGAUCAAGAUCAAAGUGUGGAGGGUAAAAGGACCAAGAAAAGAGAUUACAGUGACUCUGACAAUAGAGUCAAUGUGAACAACUUUGGUGGCUGGGAUGAUUUGGUUGGAGAUUCUCGAGAAAUUGGCAGACUGGAGACAUUGAUGGAGAAACAGAGGCUGAGUAGGUCAGUUAAGGACAGAGAUUUGCCAAUGCUGUUGAGAUUAUUGAUCGCAGUUUUCCCUCCUUUGGCAUCAUGGACUAAGUUGAUGUAACCAUUUUGGAAUUUCAGAUAACACAGAUUGAAUGAAUCAAAGUAGCCAUUCAGCUAAUAGUUACACCAACUAUUGUUGUUGUAAACAUAACUAGGAAUCAAGUUUAUAUUGUAUUCAUUGAUGCUUGGAAUACAAUCUCUGUCUUGUUUUAA